CCCGCCCCGGCUCCGCGGGCUGCCCACCGUACAGGGCACUCUGGGACUACUGCCCUGCCAGCACCAAGCAGCUCUGGGGCACCAGUGCCACCUCUUCUGCCCAGGUGACGGGUGGCAGCAGCAAGACCCAGCUCCCCUGGAGACCCCCCCUGUCCCCCCGCUGCGACCUCUCUGGCUCCGGCGAACGGGAACGGGAGUUGGAAGCCCACACGGGAGCCUGCCUCACCCACCUCCCCAGCAUGCGGACGCCGACAGAGAUGAUCGUGGGGAUGGUGCUGUGCCCUUGCGGGCUCCUGCUGACCUUCACGGGCACAGUGGCACCCAACUGGAGGCAGGUGAGCCACAUUUCCAACCAGCCCGUUGACUUUGUCUUGGAGCAGGGCAUCUGGGACAUAUGCAGAGAGCUGCAGAGCAGCCACGACCGCCUCUGUGGGCAGGCUGAUGAGCUGGGCUACUUUGAGCAAUUGCCCGUGCGGGUGGCCCAAGGGAUGAUGCCCACCUCCAUGGCUCUCACCCUCCUGGGCCUGAUGGUGGCUUCCUUGGGGGUUCGCUGCUGGCAGAAGGAGCCACGGCAUCUGCUGGCUGGUGUGGCUGGGCUUAUGCUGCUCCUCUCGGGGCUGCUGAGCCUGGUGCCUGCCUCCUGGUACACCCACGAGCUGUGGGCACUGCCUGCACCAGAUGGGGGCACGCUGGUUGCAGGCUACAGCUUGGUGCUGAGCUACUUGGGAAGCUGUCUGGAGAUCUUGGGGGGGCUGGCCCUCACCCUCAGCUUCCACCACUGCUGCAAGGAGCGCAGGGCCCCCAAACUGCCCCCCAGCUCUUCGCUGGAUGCGGGGCCGUGGUCCACCUCUAGCGCUUACUGCAAUCCCUGGAAUGUGCUGGGGGAUGAGCAAGACAGAAAAGACCAGAGGAGCACCCUGCCUUGUGACUCGGAUUUGUAAACCCCACAACAGGGACAGCAGUGGGCACUGGCCAGCCCUCCUGCCUGGUGCUGAGAGUGGCACUGGCCCCUGCUUCUCCAAGCCAUGCCCUUCUCUUGGGGCACCUCACAGCAGUCUGGAAACAAGACCAAGGACCUGGCUUGAAUCUCUGCAACCUCCUCAAAAGCCAGCUGCACUCCAGGUCCCACAAGUGUGCCAAAGCUGUGCUGGGUUGAGGACCAGCCCUGGCUCCAGUCCCUCCGUGUGACUUUUAAGCUCAUCCUCCUGCACCGUGCAGCAGCUUGGACAAAGGGAGCUCUGGUGUUCCCAUGUAAGCAAGGUACAGGUUAGCACCAUGUAGCUGUCAGGGCUGGGAAUAGGGGAGGGGAGCACCUCCCACAUCUCUCUGCAAACAGCAAAAUAAAUGAAG